CUACUCUGAGCUUAACUCUGAACCGAAAGAGAGAGAUGAGGAGCAGCUAAUCAGUAGAGAUCUUGUGCUACAUCACUUUCGCCGCCCACGUCCCAUAAACAUCAGCAAUCGCGAGAGCGGCAUUGAAGGACAGUUGGGUAGGCCGUAGCUACUUGAAACGGGGGCUUCCGUGGCGAAUCCGGGCUGCUCCGGUGUCUUGGUGCCUUGGGUUGUAAGGGAAGGUGACAUGACCCGCCGCCUAUCCCUCCACCUUUUGCACCAACAACCAUGAAUGGCGCCAAGGCUCACGGUCCCGCACCGCCCGCACGCCCAAGGCCGCCUCUGAAGGACGAGAUGGCGUCCUCUGCUGGUAAUGGCAAGGAGACGGCCGCGCUCGAGUCCGGCCAAGCGUCGUCGUCGUCCUCCUCCUCCUCCUCGCCGGCUGCUGCUGCGAAGAUGACGGCGGUGGCGGGGAAACCGCGCCCCUUCACCUGGACAGGGCCUGCCAUUGUUAUGGGCUUCGAGUUGCUGGAGAGCAUCGCCUUCUCCGGCGUUGCGCUGAACCUGGUCAUCUACCUGGGCACCGUGCUCCAUGGCACCACCGCCUUCAACGCCGCCCACGUCGACACCUGGAACGGGACCACCUUCAUCGUCCCCGUCCUCGUCGCCUUCCUCGCCGACAGCUGCUGGGGCAAAUACAACACCAUCGUCGUCUCGCUCCUCUUCUACCUCGCCGGCCUCGUGCUGCUCACCCUGUCCGCGGCGAUCUCGCCCUUCCGGCCGUCGUCGUGCCAGGGGCUCUCGUGUCCGCCGGCCUCACGGACCCAGUUCUCGGUCUUCUUCGCGGCGCUGUACCUGACCUCCAUCGGCACGGGGGGCGUCAAGUCGGCGCUCCUCCCGUUCGGGGCGGAACAGUACGACGACAGCAGCCCGGAGGAGAGUCGGAGGAAGCAGUCCUUCUUCACCUGGUUCUUCGGCGCCAUCAACCUGGGCAUCUUCGUCGCCGGGACGCUCGUGUCCUGGCUGCAGCAGAACGUGUCCUGGGCGCUCGGCUUCGGCGUCUCCGCGCUCUGCCUGCUCCUGGCGGCCGCGGGCUUCCUGGCCGGCACGCCCUGGUACAGGGUGCAGCUCCCCGCCGGUAGCCCGCUCAGGGACAUCCUCAGGGUGGUGGUGGCGUCCGUGAAGAAGAGGAAGACCAGGCUGCCUGCAGCUGCGGGUCAAGGUGACCUUGGCCUGCACGAGGUGGCGGAAGACGACGACCUGCAGAAGCUGGUGCACACCAAAGGGCUCAGGUGUCUGGACAAGGCCGCGGCGAAGGGCGGCGACGGCCACGAAGGCCCGUGGAAUCUGUGUACCGUGAGCGAGGUGGAGGCCGUGAAGAUCCUGGCACGCAUGGUGCCCAUCUGGGUGACGUGCGUGCUGUACGCGGCGUCCCUGGGGCAGAUGACUACCACCUUCAUCCAGCAGGGGAUGACCAUGGACAACAAGCUGCUCGGGAAGGUGAAGGUGCCGGUGGCGUCGAUGGUGUCGAUCGAGGUGGUGUUCAUGCUGCUGUGGGUGCUUCUGCACGACGCCGUCAUCAUGCCGCUCGCCCGGAAGUGGGGCCGAGCCGGGAGCGCCGGGCUGUCCCAGCUGCAGCGGAUGGGCGUGGGGAGGGUCCUGGUGGUUCUGGCCAUGGCGACGGCGGCGCUGGUGGAGAGCCGGCGGCUGCGCGUGGCCGGCGCGGGCAGGAAGAUGGGCAUCGCGUGGCAGGUGCCGCAGUUCGUGCUGGUGGCCGGGUCGGACGUGUUCUGCGGGAUCGCGCAGCUGGAGUUCUUCUACGGGGAGGCGCCGGCGUCGAUGCGCAGCAUCUGCUCCGCCUUCUCCUUCCUCGCGCUGUCGCUGGGGUUCUACGUCAACUCGGUGGUGGUGACGGCGGUGGCGGCGUUGAGGCCCGGGUGGCUGACGCGCGACCUCAACGAGGGGCACCUGGAUUACUACUUCUGGCUGUGGGCCGUCAUCAGCGCCGGUAACCUGCUGCUCUACCUGCUGCUUGCCGCCCGGUACACGCCCAAACAAGUCCUCCGCCACUCGCCAUCGCCAUAGCCGCCGGCACCGAGUUAGCUAAUGCACUGCUCCGUACUAUGAUGAAUGUCUGAAUGAUGAUGUAACUUGGACACAUCACGCCAUAGAAGUCUCGCUGGAUAUAACUCUUGUUUUGUACAUGCUCAGAGGGUGUUGUUAACGAUAACAAGCUGGGAGAUAUGAAAGGCAGUUUUUCUUUAUAUUAGCAAAACAAUUGAUGAAUAA